AUGAGUACCGCACAAGCUAAACCGUCGUCGUCGCGACAACGACGCGACAAGGAUGAUACUACUAAUCCCGACAUCAACAUUGCAUCUAUUGGAAAUUAUCUAUUCCAAAAGACUGUUGGUGAAGGUAACUUUGCUAAAGUCAAGUUAGCUAAACACAAACUCACUGGUGCUGAGGUCGCAAUCAAAAUCAUUGACAAGACAACCCUCGAUGAGAAGAAACUCUCCAAACUAUAUCGUGAAGUCCGAAUCAUGAAAAUGUUGCACCACCCAAACAUUGUCAAACUAUACGAAGUCAUUGAAACUCGUCACACCGUGUUUCUCGUGAUGGAGUAUGCUUCUGGUGGAGAAUUGUAUGAUUACUUGGUCGUGCAUGGUAAAAUGAAGGAAAAGGAAGCUAGGGCCAAGUUUAGACAGAUUCUGAGUGCUGUUAGUUAUUGUCACAAGAAGAGAGUUAUUCAUCGUGAUUUGAAGGCUGAAAACUUGCUUUUGGACGCUAAUUUGGAUAUUAAGAUUGCUGAUUUCGGUUUCUCUAACUAUUAUGAUCCUGAUUCCAAACUUGAUACUUUCUGUGGUUCACCACCAUAUGCUGCCCCAGAACUCUUCCAAGGUCGUCGAUACACAGGACCAGAAGUCGAUGUGUGGUCACUUGGUGUAAUUCUAUAUGUCUUGACAACAGGAUGUCUUCCAUUCGAUGGAAAGAAUCUUCAAGAAAUGCGAGAGUCUGUCUGUAGGGGAAAGUACCGUAUUCCAUUCUACCUUUCUGACAACUGUGAAAAACUCUUACGCAAGUUCUUGAUUCGAGACCCAUUCAAACGUGCUGGUCUAGAAAUGCUGAUUGACGACCCAUGGAUUAACGAAUCCUUCCCAGACUCACCAAUCGUUGGAGACGUAUCUCAAAAGAUUGAAGAGGACGAAAACAUUAUCCGAUUGAUUGAAAUCAAGUACAAGGUCGACCGUGAAGCCGUCAUCCACUCGCUUCGUGAAAAUGUCUAUGACGAUAUCGCAGCCAUCUACUAUCUGUUAUACCACGAAAGAGCUACUCGUGAUAUGGUUGCUGCUGAAGUUGCAGCCAUGUCGUCUCCAACUACGUUGAUUCAUGCUCCUGCACCAAAGGCAGGUGUCCCUGCUGGCAGUGACAAGUCUGAUCUCAAGGCUAUUGAAGAGGAUUCUAUUCUGCCACAUGAGGAAUUGCCAGCUGCUCGCGCACGCCCUUCACCAACAUCCAACGCAAAUGCUAAGCCAGCACCACGAAAACGUCGAUUCACUGUCGGUGGUGAAGCAGAUGUUGCUAAAUUGGCUGAUGAGGAUGGUACACCGGAAGCUGUUGAAGCACUCAAGAAGCUGCAACAGACUGGAUCCGCAGAGGGCAAACCAGCACCAGCAACCGCCAGUCCUACCACUCCAGCUGCCCCAUCAUCUCAACGACCUCUAUCCAGCAUUGGUGAAUCCCGAGUCCACUCCGAAUCAGCUCAACCCGGUGUCUCUACUCCACCAUCAGGAUCCGUCUCAGCAGGAGCAGGCACGCAAGCAUCCUCAUCCACAUUACGGAAUGGAGAAGCAGGAGGUCGUAAACGUGGUACCACCAUUGUCGGUAUCUUCACAUCCAUGCGUCGACCCUCUGAAGUCACAGCCGGAUCAUCCAACGACCAGCCAAACAUUGCCAAUGAAGACGAAGUCGAGGAAUCCAGUGGCACAAUGUCAUCCGCCAAACCCGGUGACGAAAACAAACCACGAUCGUUACGAUUCACCUUCAACAGCAACACUACCUCGUCUCGUCCUCCAGAUGAAAUCGUUGCUGAAGUCGCUGAAGCCUGUACCAAACAUGGAUUUACCUCAAACCGAACUGGACGAUUUACUGUUGAAUGUGCGUCUCCAUCUGCUGGUGGUGGUCGUGAAGGUCCAGUCAAAUUCGAAGUCGAAAUUUGUAAAUUGCCUCGUCUCAAGAACCUACAUGGGUUGCGAUUCCGACGUAUCUCUGGAUCAUCAUCGGAUUACAAAGACAUUUGUGAAAAGAUUCUGGCUAGUGUGCAAUUGUAG